GUACACAAACCUUCAGCUGAUGACGUGUACACCUAAGCACCGUUAGCCAUCCUGCUAGCUCAGCCAGCUGUCAGAAUAAAGGCGUUCUACAUAAAAUAAACAUUGCCAAGAGGAGAGUUGGAAAGGUUUAUUGGAUGAAAGAAAAAUGGAGACACUUUAUCAUCAGACAAACAAGCAAAUCCAUGAGAUUCAGUCUAUGAUGGGGAACCUGGAGAGAACAGACCGACAGUCCGUUCACUUGCUGGAGAAUGAGCUGCAGCACAGAAUCGACCAGACUUUUAACCACUUAGAACGCCUCGAAAUUCUGGCCAGCAAGGAGCCACCGAACCGCCGUCAGAACGCCAAAGUACGAGUGGACCAACUCAAAUACGAUGUCCAACACAUUCGGAGCGCCCUGCAAAACUUCCAGCACCGACGCUACACACAGGAGGCUCAGGAGAGAGAAAGAGAGGAGCUGCUGAGCAGAACCUUCACCACCAAUGACGCAGACACCUCCAUCCCCAUCGACGAGACCCUACAGUUUAACUCCAGUUUGCACAACGCGCACAGAGGCAUGGACGACCUGCUGGGCAGCGGCAGCAGCAUUCUCAACGGAAUCCGAGAACAGAGAUCCACGCUAAAGGGGACCCAUAAGAAGAUGCUGGAUGUGGCCAACAUGCUGGGCUUGUCGAACACAGUGAUGAGACUGAUAGAGAAGCGAGCUACCCAAGAUAAGUUCAUCAUGAUCGGAGGCAUGCUGUUGACCUGCGUUGUCAUCUUCCUGGUCAUCAGAUACCUGGGCUGAACAGCAGUCUGUGGGUCACUAACGGACAGUUCCGCAACACAACGUCCCUCAUGAUAUGAAACCUAAAUUCGUAAGAUCGGUUAAAGAUGAGUAAUUUAUUAAGUGACGCCAUCAGGGCAGUCAUUUCUUACACUUUCAGUUUCAGGAGGAACCUGAACCUUCCUCUCUCAAACAGUACUCAUCACUUUAAUGUGCUUUCGCCAUAACAGAAGCUUUUUAGUUCUCUUUUAUAAGUUGCAAUCAGUAUUGACCUUCAUUCUGCCUGGAUUAAGUUUUAAACAAUGAAAGCCAAUAGUAUAAUAUAGAAACAAGAAUAAUGUUUUUUGUUUUUUUUUCAUUUUUGGAUUAUGUUCAUAGUUCAGUCAUCUGGACUCCACAGAUGCAGGACUUUUUCUCUCAUCAGACUUGAUGAUGUCACUAACAUGUGCCUGAAAACAGUCAUUAUGUAAUUGUUGUAUGUUUUACUCAUGGUGUAUACCUGUGUCUAGUCUCACUAUGUGAGUUUUUCAAAUUCUCUUAAUAAAAAGUUAAUAUUAUAACCGGUGUGUUCUCAACCUAACUGAAGAUGAAAACGAUCCCACUCAAGUCUAUUGGAUAUGAAGAGCAGCGUCCAGCGUUUCUGAUUCAACACUGACCCCUGCUGGGGGAACGGUGUCAUUGUAUGCCUGUAUCUAUCAAUACUAAUAGGUGUAAUAAUAUUUACGACUGACAACCCCUUUUUGGAGGGUAACCUUAUAGGGCUUGACACGUCACUUAAGCAGCCAAGGCAGACAUCCUACAGUAAGAUACAGCAAAUCAGAUGCAGUUGCAAUAAUCAACCAGAAGAUGGCAAAUGUAUUCCAGCUUCUUAUAUCGUCUUUAUUUGUGCUACAGUGAGGAAAUGUCCUUUUUACAUGUGUGAUUUCUUCCUCUGUGAAUAAGAAUAGCACUUUUGUAGAAAUACAGUCGGUCAAGGUACGUUCGGUGGAUUUUUUUUUUUUUAAAGCAAUGGCUGUGAAUAUGCUUAAGUGGAAGACAAGAGGGCUUUGACAAUAAUCGUCUCUACCAUAGGGAGCGUUGCAGAAAGUUUGAGCACUACAUUAUACGAAGAAGAAGGCGUUAUGCUCUUCAACAUUGAUAUUUGCCAAAUAGGAGUUUGAUUAAUUGCAGAGUAGAUAAUCUCUAUAACUUAUGAUGAACAAUAGACAUGUUUGUAAAGUGACAGAACGCAGAAAUAUAUAUAAUUUAUAAAAAAUAACAAAAUUAUAGUGGUAGAGAGUGUUAGCAUGGCAAACUAAGAAACCGACUACAUAAAAAUAUUUUUGUUCCAGUUGUUAUUUUUGUUUUAAUUUUAAGGAUUGUUGUUCUUAAAAAUGCUACCGGCUAUGCUAAUGGAAUUAGUACCAAUCCCUUUGCACUGGAGCCAACAUUCCCAGCAUUCACCUGCAGAGGGCUGGGUACGAACAUUCAAACUUACAUUUGUAUCUGUGGUUUAGAAUUAAUUUAAUAACGCAUGUUUUUGAAAUUUGGGAGGAAGUAGAAAUAUCUGAAAAAACCCAACACACCAACCACACGCACAGAUGAAGAACAAGCAAACAAACAUACUGAAAGACCAUUAGUUGCCACUGGGGAUUAGAUCAAUUAACUUCUUCCUGUGAGCCCACAGCAUUUGUUCACCAUGUGGCCACUAUCCCUCAACUCUUUCAGCAGACAAAUGACAAUCAUUUAAACAACUCGCAUAAAUACAUAGCUGCCUGAGAACUGUGAGCCACAGAGACUUUCAAGAAAAUCAUUUUUAAUUUUAUUACCAUUCAACUCACAAAUCGAUAGUGGUGGAGUUGCUUUCUUCCUCCAGUCACUUGUCAGGUUUAGUUAAUAUAGUUUAACAGGAACUCUGAUGGAAUCCCUAAAAUACAUCUCUGGCUUUUCUGAUUUUCCCAUAGUGUUAAGGUUCUUUUUACAGCACUAUCACCAUGAAACCAAACCUGGACAGUCACUCUGGACAGUCCAUUCUCUCAACCACAUUUUCCGGUACCAUUGCUCAGUUCAUAAGCAAUGGUAUGAGAACAGAAACCGCAAAAACAAAUUAAACUACAUACAGUAAGGUUCGGAGUCAUCUUCCUAGAAAACUCUCAUACACAAACCAAAACAAACAGACACCAGGAUGCACACAAGCAUUUCCGACAACCUCCAUUCACACCUCGACUCUACUGUUCCUUAUGAUGACUCUCAGGUCAGCACACGGAGGCCAAAUACAAUCUUUUCCACCUGUGAGUUUGAACCAACGAAACCGACCUAA